AUGGAGAAAAAGGUGUUCAAAGUGUUCGAAUUUUUUUCAGGUAUAGGCGGACUUCGAAUCGCAUUGAAUGAGGCGAUUGCAGCUCUUGAGAGUCGGGAUUCAGGGGGAGAGAGAAAAUCGUCUGAAAGUGACUCUGACACAAAAAAGGAAGCAAUCAUUGAUGGGCGUAUCAAAAUACUGGGAGCUUAUGAUAUCAACGCAAACGCCAAUUUAACCUACGAAUUGAACUUCAAAGACGCUCCAAAAACGAUAAAUGUUCAAAAUUUAAAGGUUGGCGAUCUAGACGGGAAGGCAACCUGUUGGCUUCUCUCUCCUCCAUGUCAACCCUAUACGCGAGGAGGCCUCUCUGCGCAAGUUGGAUGCUUGUUGGAUUGGCAAGCUCUUUCCGAAUGCAAAUCCAGUGGGAUUGGUUAUUCCGUUUUCAGAGAUUGUAAGUCGCCUCCGACAUAUUUUUUUGUGGAAAAUGUUAUCGGGUUCAAUGAAUCUGAUUCCCAUUCUGAGAUGCUUGAAAUUCUCAAGUCGAAAAAGUAUUCAAUCCAGCAGUUUCAUCUGUCACCGACUCAAUUUGGAAUCCCGAACACUCGCGUUCGCUACUACUGCUGUGCCGUAUUAUCCACAAUAGAUCAAUCUGAUUCCAUCCAUUCAGAAGAGGAUGUUAUCCACAGUACAGUUUGCGAUGAAGCAUCGAGGUUGUUUUUCGGAGUAAAGCCAACGAAAAUGACGCCAAUGUCCCAAUACUUAGAAGCUAUAAAUAUCGAUGACGAGAUAAAUAGAGAUCUUAUCAUUCCAACAGAGACUCUACAGAAACAUUCGACUUUUCGAUUCGACGUCGUGGAUGGUCAUUGUACUGCAUCGACGACUGUUACGAAAGGUUACGGUCGAUUAAUUGGAAAAUCUGGACCGAUUGUUGUUUGUGAAGAGAGAAGUGAGGGAAGGCAAAAACGACCAAGAGAGUCAAAUGAGACGGAAGACAUCGAUCCCAAGAGAGCAAAAACAUCAGUGGAUGGAAACAGAAGUUCGAGUCAUGAGUCUCAAGAAUUAAAUGAAAUAUCUGUGGAUGGUUCAGAAAUAGUGGAGGAUUAUAAAAUUCAUCUGAGUGAGACGAACCGUUUGUGUCCUCGAAGCUUGCACGGAUACUCCAAGGGCUUCACGUUUCCGAAGCGAUUGAAACGAUUGCAACGUUACGCACUGAUCGGAAAUUCAAUCAAGUGGGUAUCAAAGUGUUCGGAUGAAUGA